GUCCAUCCGAUGUACAUUGUUACAUUGUACAAUCGGCGGUAGGGUAAUGCGCAGCCCUGGUAGACUUGUCCGAAUGUGGUACAGCAUUACGAGUCAGCUCUUGGGCGUCGGCGACUUCGAAUACAAUAGUGCCGGCAUGACUUGCUUGCAUGUUUCGUCUAACAACUUUCUAAUCAUUACCUCAGGACCGCUGCCCGUUGAGGUCAGAACUGGUGGUAAAUUUGGGAGCUUCGAGAUUCAAGAAAGACGGCAGGCCUAUUCUACCUGCCCGAGUAACGAUGACACAGAAUCGACAACGUCGGACCACCCAUCGCUGUCAUCGUCUGUUGCCUCCUGUACAUUCCACAUAAAGUUAGGAACAACUGCCAUCAAUGCUUCGAGGUCCUCCCUAUCGACGUUUGUUAUACAACAACGGAGGCAUGUCUCUAUACCAACGUUAUUCCUAGCUCGAUAUUUCAGCGCGGUGGCAAGUCGUGGCGGUUGUGAACCGAUAUCCUCAACAACCCAAUACAGAUCAUAGGUGACCACAGUUUUGAGACAUGGAAAGGUUAUUGGCGGAAUUCGAGAAGGCAACGGGUCAUCUGGAGAAUGGAUGGAAACGUCACAGUCACCCGUCGUGAUCAGCGCAGCCAACCAUUUCGCAUUCCAACCCGGCAUGACCAGUGUUUCGACACUGGGACGAUCGAAUAUAUGUGCUAAUCCUUG